AUGGAACCACGUACCGGUCUUGAAGCUACGAGACACGUAUUGUGGCACGCUCCGCCACUACAGAAGUCGCAGGAUGUCUCCGUCUCGACAGCGAAGACAAACCCGGAGGGAUGGUGUGGCCAUUCGGGUAGAUUACAAAGGACCAAUUUUCCACGGACACAAUAUCCUUCCUCACCAAUGUCCGAAGACAUUCGAUGUGACGAGCGAAAUAUAACAGACAGCAUGCCUCACCCAGACAGACCCCAUCGUACCAAUGGUUUCCCAAAGACGCCAUAUCCAGCAGUAACAUCAACAACAACAGCCCAGGCAUCUCUCCAUGCCGAGCGCGACAUCCCCAACACGACCACUUCCCCACCCUCAUCCACCACCACGACACCCGCGAACGGACCACCUCACACCAACCCGCCCUUCCCCCACGCGCACCCCCCACUCCCCGCCCCCUCCUCCUACUCAAUCCCUCAAACCUUCUUCGCAUACCCGCCCAUCGACCCCUUCGACCAAUCCCUCAAGCGCCACCCCAACUACUACUACUACAGCACGCACAACCUAUCCCAAGAGGUCGAACCCGAGAACGGCAGCAGGGGCGUACGCUUGCGGCACCCGGACCACCUCCUCGAACGCCGGCGCCAGAAACUCGGCUUCGCACCGACGGCUUUGGUGUACGAGUACGGACAAGAGGGCCAGCGGGACAUGCCGAUGAGACCCGCGGGGACGAAGUUCCACGACGAUGGUGGGGAUGGGGAUGAGGGGUCGAUACUCGCGGGGCCGUGGCCUAGAUACUGGUUCAGUGGACGGAUGAAUGUGUUGGAUCUCAAGUUUUUAGGCCAGGCGCACGAUCCUGUGGCUGGCAGGAAGAAGGUUUGGUAUGAUAGUGUGAAGAAGGACUAUGUGUGGACGACGUUGGAGGAGGCGAAGGAUAUGUCGGGAAGGGAGGAGAGGAUGAGGGAGAAGGCGAUGGCGAGGCGAAGGUGUGAUCCGGAGGCGGAUACGGAGAUGGUGGAAGGAGAAGUCGGUAGCUGGGAGGAGGGUUAG